GGAAAGUGCCAUUCCAGUGGCCGUUCCAGUCAAUCCCCACAGCCGGAAAGGUUUCAAGCCCGGUCUACAUAUAGGACAUAUUAACAUGUGGCCCUGUAUCAUCGGCGCUUUGGAUUCAACGUCUCUGAGAAACUCACGAAGGCGUGCCCCGAUUCACACCCCCUAAUAACAAAUAACAACUAUGAAGAUAUGGUUCAUAACGAGAAUCUUACGCCACUGGAGGAGGUUAAGAAUUAUAGAAUCUGCGGACAACCGUCUAUAUGUUAGAUGAUAAGACAAAGGGAUGAGUGGCGUAAGGACAAAGUUGGGAGGCAAAAAGCGUCGGGGCACAAUCCCCAACGCGACAAGGGGGGCGCAAAAGGAGUGGCCAGAAUGGGAAAGGUGCCACCCGGCUAAGCGGGACCGGGACCGGAUUGAGUCCUUUGAGCGGGUGCAUGUUAAUGUUUCAACAAGAAUCGCGUGGGUUGUUCUUAUGGAUGCGGAUAACAUUCGUUGGAGUCACAUUGAUUAUGUGGACAUCGCUGACGAUGGGUUAUUUGGAGGAAGGGCACCAGUUCUAGUCAUUGCGACUGACCGCGGCUUGACGCUCCGAUUCUUCAAAAUUGGAGCUCCUUCACGGAUGAAAAGCCCAGAAGAAAUGCGCCACUUUAUCAUCAGUCGUGAAUGGGAGCUAACUGCUCCCUGGUCAAUGCCAUGGAGCCCCCGAGGAAGUCGUUCUCAGCUAACGGACACAGUGCCGCCUUCCUUGCCAAAUAUGCAGAGAUAUCUACAGUGAUUUGCUCCUAUGUACUUGAACUCUAUGCCCCAUUGGCUGCGGCUCCUAGUGACCGCAACGACUGCAUCUGCUCUCAUGCCGUUGUUACUUGCUAAUGAUGCCGAAGAUGCGAAGGGAAGAUCGCCGGCUAGCGUGGUGAAGAAUGGCCCGACUGACGAAGAGAAAGGGGAGGAAAUAAAUAUUCAUGGUUCUGCACACU